UUUGUAUUUUUAAAUGCAGAUCUGAAUAUUCUACAAGCAUUCCCAUGUCUGAGUAGAUUAGGGGACAAAGAAAAUGCUCCUUUAAUUGAGGCUGAGAUUCGACAUCGAAUGAACAAAUCUGGUUUGUCCUUGGUUGGUUGGUACCACAGUCAUCCCCAUCGUUCUGCCAGUCCAACACUACGGGACAUUGACUGCCAAAUGACAUAUCAACUGAAGAUGAAGGGUGUGGGAUCCGUAUACCAUCCUUGUUUAGGUUUCAUCAUUGCUCCCUAUAAUAAGAGUUCUAAGAAGAAAGAAUCAACUUUCCGAGCUUUCUGGGUAAUGCCACCCCUUGUCGAGGUAAGUGAUGACCACUGGCCAGACUACUGGUUCAAUGAUUCAACCAAUUUGUUUUCUUAA